UUGAAACGCACGGUUUCGUGUUCUCGUCGCGGAGCAAUUACGACUGUCCUCGCGCCAAAACGUCGACACACCUACAUACCUCUACCCUUUCACUAUCUGGCGCUUGCGGGUGCAUCGAUCAAUCGUCAACGAUUCGCGUGUCAUCGUACGUCAUCCAAAGCGUCUUCGCUGAAUCGUCUAAUUUUCGCGUGUCUCUCCGAUCGCAAGUUCGUUUCUCAUUGUUCGUGAUCGGUCUGUGUUUCGGAUUUGCAGCAAAUCUGUCGUACGUACGUACAAAGUUCCCGUGCACUACGACACGCGUAAACUAAAACAACGUGAUUACGAGUAGCUCGUGUGUACUCUUGCUCGAAUCAAAUGCAAGAAAUAUUCGAUUGCAUUUGGAAAGCUAAUAAGACGUUAGAUGCAUAAAAGUUUCAUACGGAAUUUGCUCCGACGAACGAAAAACACAGGUUGCAACACAUGCGAAGAAUGAUGCUUGUUCGAAGUACGGCUCACGAUUUCGUCGAACGAUAAGUGAAAAACGCGAAUUUUUGGACCAUAAUUAGCUUCGAAAUGCAGUCCCUCCAACACUCGAGUUACCGCAUCGGCGGCUUUGCACCGCUAGUUACCUCCUUCGACAUUAUGACACCGCAAUUACACGAACAGUAAACUUUAUACCACAAAUUACAACGACGCAGAGAUAGACGAGACAACUUUGACGCCAUAGCUGUGCAGCCGGAGAUAACUAGGCGAACUCGUGGAUGACCGCACGAUGUACACGUGAAUGGAAACUAUGAUGGACGCGUUUCGAUUGAUUCUCCUGUUGCUAGCAUCGUCGCGCUACUUUCUACAUCCGAUCGAUGGUGCUAUUCGGAGUGAGAAGCCAACCAACGAGGAAGAAAGGAAUAACAUCCUUUCUUCGGUACCUGUAUCUGUCAAGGAUGUCCUGGCGCAGACCGGCGGAAACGCUUUGCUUCCCUGUAGAUUCACUAGUCCCGGAAUAGUAACUUGGAUCAGGAGAAAAGACAGGCAAUUAUUGACGCUGGGUACAGACACUCAUGUCAUCGACACGCGAUUCAUGGUUAUUUCAAACAGCCCAGACUGGACUCUGUUGAUUAAGAACGUCCAACGCGAAGAUGCUGGACUUUACGAGUGUCAGAUUCAAACGGAGCCGGUCCAGCAACGAUUCAUUCGUCUAAGCAUCACGGAGGCGUACUCCAUGAUUCCCGGAGGACCAGACCUUCACGUCAAACAAGGAUCUAGUCUUCGACUGGAAUGUCAGCUGAUAGCAUCGACGGAGGCACCGAGUUUCAUCUUUUGGUAUCGCGAAGGUCGCAUGAUCAACUACGACGAUGAACCAGGGGUUAAAGUGGAGGCUACGAAAAACGGUUCGAUUCUCGUGGUUGACAAAGUGAAACUUUCUCAUGACGCUAAUUACACUUGUUGGCCCAGCAAUGCCAGGCCAGCAUAUAUCAUGAUACACGUGAUCGAAGAAGAGGAAAAACCAGCAGCUAUGCAUGGCGGUGAUCGGCGAAACGCUACAUCGAAAGCGUCCAUCAAUGUCAUGUUGAUUUUUCUGACUUUCCUCGGUAUACGCACCUCGAAUCGACUUCAUCCGCGGCAAACCUGUGUCACGUGACUAGCCUACCGUGUCAACUUUGUCACCGAAUUGAUGCCUGCUGCGGAAUUCCAAAUAAUUUCGAUGCCAUUUUCGUAUAUCUCUUCUUACUUUACACUUUACAACGUUACUCGUGCUUGACUUACAUACAUUUAACGUCGUCGGUAAUUUGCUGAGCACGUGCAACGAAACUUGCCAAUUUCAUCUGACGCUUUCUAACAUCUUAAAAUGUUAACUGAAAAUAACAAUAACGCGAUGCAGCAAA